ACCCGGGCCCCUCCUCUCCUCGGUGUGGACGCUGGAGGUUGAUGUCACAGGCGGAGAGAGUCUUCAGGACGGGACGCAACGAGGCAGAGCUGGUCAGGGGGGGAAACACUGAAGAUCCGCCGAGAGCAGAAGAAGGAGGAAAAAAAAAAAAAAAGAAAGAAAAAGAAAAGAAAAGUGGGCGAUGUUGCAGCAAGGAUCUUGUUUAUGGACAUCGUGGGAAGGCUGCUGAUACAGUCCAGAGGGCUUGUGAGGUAUUUUCAAGCUGCAAGGUUGAGGUAGCCUCAUCGCCGCAGUAUUUUUAGAUCACUUCUGAAAGGAAUACAAAAAUGUCGUCUCCAAGUCCGGGCAAGAGGCGAAUGGAUACCGACGUGGUGAAACUCAUCGAGAGCAAGCAUGAGGUCACCAUCCUCAGCGGUCUCAAUGAGUUUGUAGUCAAGUUUCACGGACCACCAGGAACGGCGUAUGAAGGAGGUGUGUGGAAGGUGCGAGUGGACCUACCAGAUAAAUACCCCUUCAAAUCACCAUCAAUAGGAUUCAUGAAUAAAAUCUUUCAUCCCAACAUCGAUGAAGCGUCAGGAACUGUGUGUUUAGAUGUCAUUAACCAGACAUGGACGGCUCUCUACGACCUCACCAACAUCUUCGAGUCGUUCCUCCCUCAGCUGCUCGCCUACCCCAACCCCAUCGACCCUCUCAACGGGGACGCGGCGGCCAUGUACCUGCACCGACCGGAGGAUUAUAAACACAAGAUCAAAGAGUACAUCCAAAGGUAUGCCACGGAGGAGGCUCUAAAGGAGCAGGAGGAGGGAGGGGGCGACUCCUCCUCCGAGAGCUCCAUGUCAGACUUUUCGGAGGACGAGGCUCAGGACAUGGAGUUGUAGUGAAGGGAGGAAGACCCCGUCCCCCUUCACCUCACAACAGACUGUUGUUUCCUAAAGAGCAGAAACUCAGUACUAUAUUCAUAUUUAAACAAGACAAUUUUUUACAGCGACACAAGGAUUUUUAUUGUGACACAAGGAUUUGCAGUAUGAUAUUGCAGAAUAUUAACUCUUAUUUAGGAAGUCACGACCACCUACCCUUUGCCCCCACGAGAGCCUGUUUCGAUCAGAAAGGAGUACAUCAUUCAUUUCCAUGAUCUCCAGCGGGGAGACCAGCGCUGGAGGCAGGAGGACGGUCAUCCAAACAAAACUGUUUACAUUUUUGGUUCCACAAGCCACAACUCACCACCUCUUCAGCUGUAACAUGCGUAGCUGUCACCAGUUUUUUCCGUCUUAAUUUGACAUUUUAGUGAGUCAUCACCGACAGAGGACUGCAGGAUGACAAUCCACCACUUCUGAGCGGUGUCAGCUUCAAAAGAACGAGGACGCUCAACUGUCACCUUUUUCAUUUUUUUGAUUUUGCCCCUUCCUGAAGGAGUCGCCGUUACAAUCAUCGCCUCCGAGGAGCUGACGACCGGGAGGCCACAGCGCCGCCACGUGUUCAUCGUAUACAGAUGGUACAGGCACAAACCUCUCUGACAGGACUGCAAACCUGCUGACACGUCACACACACACCAUCAAACAACAAACACAUCAACCAUGACAACGCCACAGUGUGUGUGUGUGUAUGUAUGUGUGUGUGAAUGCAUGAAUGUAAUCCAGGGAAUCAUGGUGUAUUGAUAACCUGUGUUGUACUGACCGCUGACACAGAUCAGGAGCACAUUCCUGCUCCCUCCCCUUCAACACCCAUCUCUUCCCUUCUCCUCCUCCUCCUCCUCCUCCUCCUCCUCUCCGUUUUAGGAAAGUGUUUGUCAUUCUCUGAGUAUCUUUGUAUAUUGUGGCAUGACACAGAAGUAAAGUUGUGUAGGGCUUUGUGGAGCUGUAACGCUGUAGACAUGGGGAGGACACCUGUGUGCAGGUGCGGUUUAUCCAGGUCCUUGUUGAAUUAUUGAACUUCUUAACUUUGCCUAUUGCUUGUGUUGAACUAUAAUAGGUGUUUGACUUGCGUAGGGAUACUUAGUUUUUUUGCGGGUGGUGAAUCCUAUCAUUAUGUAUGGUUUAAUACUUAUAUAACACACUAGUUUAAAGACUAAUUGUCCUGUAAAGGUGAGGAGAGUUAAUAACUUCUGUGUCUGUGGGAUGAAUCAGUUCCUCCAAAGACACGUUGCACCCCCUGCACCCCCUUCUUAUAUGCAAAUAUGUCCAUAAAAGAUAAUUUACGUCGUCAGACAGAAGUGCUCUUUGUUUCAGCCAUUCAACACUGCCGCAUUUAUGUUUUCAUGCUGUUGAUGGCCUGUUUUUUCUUCUUUUCAAAAUGGUGGGACCAAAAUGUAAUGGAUCUACAAGCUUAGUUUCAUAAUUAUACCCUCUCAGAAAACAAGGAAAUCCUCCUCAUAUUAAAGGAAAAAAAAGACUCGAGUCUGGGGUUAAACAAGAAGACGGACGAAUAAUGUUCCUCCAAAGUGUCAAAAUCUCAACGCUCAAGUUCAGUCACAGGUUUAUUUUUCUUCAGAGGACAGUUUAAAAGCUUUCCGGGACAAGAUUUGUGUUCCCGGUGUGAGUUUCCUGUUAAAUUUCAUGAUGGUGCGCUGGUCUGCGUGUCAGUGCGGGCUGAAAGCCUGACAUAUGUUUGCAGGAUGCACUCCUGGCGUUGCAGAUCAGUGUGCAUCAUUUCUGGAAAGGAAAACAAAAAAAUGCGACUCUUACUUUAGCCCAGUCACAAGCGGCUCCUUGGAUUAUAAUCCAAACUUUAAUUAACAACCCCCUGUGUUAUUUUUCAAAAUGAUAUCAGGAUGUUUCUCUGGUCUCUUGGAAGAGGGUUUACCUUUGUUUGAGAAUUAACAUAGUUUGGCAUAACAAGCAUGUCACAGAUUGUUUUUUGACAUGACAUUAAAAAAUGUAUUUGUUGAAUGACUCUAGUUGAAACGGCUGUGUUUGGCCUCAAUAACCAAAUAUAAGUUGGUUUAGGUCUUAGGACUGUCAUUUGCAACAAAAAACAAACCACUGUCCAGCCUUGUCGUCCAUUGUUAUCUGGAUUCAUCAGUGUGUUAUGUAUUUUUUUUUAUUAAUGAGACGCAUAUAUUUGACGCCUAUAAUUUCUUUGAAUGUU